AUGGCUCCCCACGCUGAGGCUGAUUCGGGCUCCCUGCACGGAGAUGGACAAUCCAACGGCCACCAGGCCGCUGUGGCUGCCACCGCCACUCGUGAGCUCUUCACUGUCAACUCGUCCAAUGUGACGUACACGGACAACGAGAUCCUGUCCAAGUACACCUAUCGCACCACGGACGUCGCCAAGGACGAGAGCGGCAAGUUUGUCGUGACCCCCGUCGAGACCGUCUACGAAUUCAAGACGGAGCGUAAGGUCCCCAAGACCGGCAUGAUGCUGGUCGGCCUCGGCGGCAACAACGGCACCACCGUGACGGCCGGCAUCAUUGCCAACCGCCGCGGCCUCACCUCCACCAUCAAGCUCGGCACCGACACCAAGACCAGGAAGGACGUCAACAUUCCCUUCUCGGACAUCCUGCCCAUGGUCCACCCCAACGACCUCGUGAUUGGCGGCUGGGACAUUAGCGGCCUCAACCUGGCCGAAGCCAUGGACCGCGCCCAGGUGCUCGAGCCUACGCUCAAGCAGCAGGUGGCCAAGGAGAUGGCCCAGAUCGUGCCUCUGCCUUCCAUCUACUACCCGGACUUCAUCGCCGCCAAUCAGGAGGACCGCGCCGACAAUGUGCUGCCGGGCACCAAGGCCUGCAACGAGCACGUUGAGCAGAUCCGCAAGAACAUCCGCGACUUCAAAGAGAAGAACGGCCUCGACAAGGUCAUUGUCCAGUGGACGGCCAACACGGAGCGCUACGGGAGUCAUCGCCGGCGUCAACGACACGGCCGACAACCUCCUCAAGGCCAUCGAGCAAGGCCACGAGGAGGUGUCACCGUCGACCGUCUUCUCGGUGGCGUGCACGCUCGAGGGGCGUGCCCUUUCAUCAACGGAUCGCCGCAGAACACGUUUGUGCCGGGCGCCAUUGAGCUGGCCGAGAGCACGGCGCCUUCAUUGGCGGCGACGACUUCAAGUCGGGCCAGACCAAGAUGAAGUCGGCGCUCGUCGACUUCUCAUCAACGCGGCAUCAAGCUGACGUCGAUUGCGAGCUACAAC